GCGGCGCCGGCCCGCACGCGCGCGGCGGCGGCUCCCUCCCAACCUCCCCUCCCCUCCCCUCACUCCCCUUCCCCUUCCCCACCCCGCCCCGCGGAGAAAACGCGAGCCGUCGCCGCGCUCCCCAAACCGCCGCCUGCCCUCGGCCAACCGCCCCCAACGGCCGCCCGCGCGCGGCUCCCCGGGCCCCCUCGCUCCUCCCCUCAGGCCCCCGCGAGCGCCGCGGGUGCUCCCCUCCCGCCGCUUCGCUCGCUCCCCUCGCAGGCAAGCUGCUGACUGUUCCGCCAUGCCCCAGCCACAGGCUGUCCACGGGCCUAGGCGCGGCGGCCCGAGAUAGGGUCCCGUCGGCCUCCCGGGGGAGGAGAGAGGCAGCGAGCCGCGCGCUCCGCCCCCUCCCCCCGGGCUGUCGCCGCCGCCGCCGCCACCUCGCCGCCUCAGCCUGGCGGGGGGAGGAGGAGGAGCACCAGGACUCCGGGCCCCGGCACCGCCGCCCGCAGGGUGCACCCCGUCUUUUGCACGCCCAUUUGCCCAGCACCCUAACCCAGAGAAGGCAGAGGUGUUACCUCCCCUCACCUGGCUGAGCCUCGGAGCCUGAGACCUGACUCUUCCCCCUCCUCUACCUUGCUGCUGUUUUCUUUGGUACUGGAAAGAGAAGGAUGGCAUAGACUAAUACCAAAAACAAAGUAAACAGUUUGAUAGAGGGCAAAUCGUUUGCAUAGAUUCUGAUUCCUCUGGCAAAAAGAAGAUGCUAAGACUAAUCUUGAAAGGACAUUUCUGAUUCAUUUGCAUCCUUGAAGAGCAUCUGUAGAAGAGGAAGGAAAAGAUGGGUGUGAAAACAUUUACUCAUAGCUCCUCUUCCCACAGCCAGGAAAUGCUUGGAAAGCUAAAUAUGCUGCGAAAUGAUGGACAUUUUUGUGAUAUCACUAUUCGUGUCCAGGACAAAAUCUUCCGGGCACAUAAAGUGGUACUAGCAGCUUGCAGUGAUUUCUUUCGCACCAAACUUGUAGGCCAAGCAGAGGAUGAGAACAAGAAUGUGUUGGAUUUACAUCAUGUUACAGUGACUGGCUUUAUACCCCUUUUAGAAUAUGCUUACACAGCCACUCUGUCAAUUAACACAGAAAAUAUCAUUGAUGUUCUAGCUGCAGCCAGCUAUAUGCAAAUGUUUAGUGUUGCUAGCACCUGCUCAGAGUUCAUGAAAUCAAGCAUUUUAUGGAAUACACCCAACAGCCAACCAGAAAAGGGUCUAGAUGCUGGACAAGAAAAUAACUCUAACUGCAACUUUACUUCUCGAGAUGGAAGCAUUUCUCCAGUGUCUUCAGAGUGCAGUGUGGUAGAAAGAACCAUUCCUGUCUGCCGAGAAUCCAGGAGGAAGCGCAAAAGCUACAUUGUUAUGUCUCCUGAAAGUCCUGUGAAGAGUAGCACACAAACAAGUUCUCCCCAGGUAUUGAAUUCUUCAGCUUCCUACACAGAAAAUAGAAGUCAACCAGUUGACUCUUCUUUAGCUUUUCCCUGGACUUUUCCUUUUGGGAUAGAUCGACGAAUACAGCCUGAUAAAGUAAAGCAGGCAGAAAAUACUAGGACUUUGGAAUUACCUGGUCCAUCUGAGACAGGUAGAAGAAUGGCUGAUUAUGUGACUUGUGAGAGCACAAAAACUGCUUUGCCUCUGGGUACCGAAGAAGAUGUCCGAGUCAAAGUAGAAAGGUUAAGUGAUGAGGAGGUCCACGAGGAAGUGUCCCAGCCUGUCAGUGCAUCUCAGAGUUCACUGAGUGAUCAGCAGACAGUGCCAGGAAGUGAGCAAGUCCAAGAGGACCUUCUGAUUAGUCCACAGUCUUCCUCUAUAGGUUCAGUAGAUGAAGGCGUCACUGAAGGGUUACCUACACUUCAGAGCACUUCUAGCACUAAUGCUCAUGCAGAUGAUGACGAUCGAUUGGAAAAUGUUCAGUAUCCCUACCAACUCUACAUUGCUCCUUCUACCAGCAGUACAGAGCGACCAAGUCCAAAUGGUCCAGACAGACCUUUUCAGUGUCCAACUUGCGGGGUACGAUUCACCCGUAUUCAGAACCUAAAACAGCACAUGCUCAUCCACUCAGGAAUUAAACCAUUUCAGUGUGACCGCUGUGGGAAAAAGUUCACCAGGGCUUACUCGCUAAAGAUGCAUCGCCUAAAGCAUGAAGGUAAACGCUGUUUCCGGUGCCAGAUAUGUAGUGCCACUUUCACUUCCUUCGGGGAAUAUAAACACCACAUGAGGGUUUCCCGGCACAUUAUCCGCAAGCCUCGGAUUUACGAGUGCAAAACAUGUGGCGCCAUGUUCACCAACUCUGGAAAUUUAAUCGUGCACCUGAGGAGUCUGAACCAUGAAGCGUCAGAGCUAGCAAACUACUUCCAGAGCAGUGAUUUCCUAGUACCGGACUACUUAAACCAGGAGCAAGAAGAGACCCUUGUUCAGUAUGAUCUUGGAGAACACAGUUUUGAAAGCAACUCCUCUGUUCAAAUGCCUGUAAUUUCACAGGUCUCCUCGACCCAGAAUUGUGAAAGCACUUUUCCCUUGGGGUCUCUUGGUGGGCUGGCAGAAAAAGAGGAAGAAAUGCCAGAGCAGCCAAAGACCAGUGCUUGUUCUGAGGCAACCAGAGAUGACCCCCCAAAGCCAGAGCUGUCUUCUAUAACCAUUGAGUGAUUUCAUGGUUUGGCUUCAUUUUUGGUUUUUGGAAAGUGCCUGUGCUUAGUCUUGUACAUUUAAAUUUAAUUUAAUUUUUUAAACAAAAAGGGUUUGGAAGAGAAUUUCUCUUUUUACUUUGUAAGCUCUGCAACUGAUGAUUUAUUUUUUGUGACUGAGAGAUUGCAUUUGUAAGUGCAUAGUAACAUGAUUUCAAAACAUAAUAGGAACUGUGAGACUCAAAGAGAACCAUUUGACUUAAAACAUGUAUCAGUUUAUUCCUCCAUUGUUAGAAUUAGGCUAACAACAGAUCAUUAGGUAAGGAAGAAUUCAUAUGAUUAUUAAAAAGGGUACACCAGAAACAAGUCACUGAACAGAAUUUGACAGAUAGCCUGAGUGGAUGUUUACUCCUAUACACAGGACAUUAUACAAUAUUUUGUAUAAAGCCUGUUGUUUUUGGAAGUAUUUAUGGUAAGCUUUCUUAAAAACUAUUAGGGUAAAUACUUCUGAAAUCCAACAUGCUUUUUUUUAAACUUUGUCACUUCUGUUACCAUUUUUCAUGGUGAAAAUUUGGUAUUGUGGUAAGCAUUCCCUAUACCUUUGUAGUAUCACUCCUCCAAAUAAUCUUUCUCUAUUCUGUGAAAGAAGGCAAAGAACCAGAUUGAGAAUAGUCAAGCUGUGCAUGAAAUGACAGGAAUGGAGAAUGAAAUAUGUAAAUCCCUGCUUCCUGGGAACUUCUACUUCUGGUUUUCUGACUAAAAUUGUUGUUUACCUAGUCUUUGAAAAUUAAUUCCAAGUUAAUUAGGUCAUUGCCUAAAUCAGUUUUCCUCUUGCUCCAUCAACAGUACUUUCCCUUGCACAUAUUGGCAUGAUGCCAUAUAAAGGAAAAAUAUUGGAGGUAUUCUAUGUUUUAUAUAUAGGUUUAUGUAUUGUUGAGGAUGUUUUUUAUUGUGCUGUUUUGGACAAAGUAAAUUAUCUGGUAAGGCUACAUUCUUAACUAAGGUUGUUUACAAAAUCUCAUAUGAGAGUGAUACACUGUUUUUGUUCCAAAAUGUUUUUAGACAUUGUUAAGUUUAUUAAAAGCAGUUAGUACAGUUUUUACACAAUGUAAAAGAUAAGGAAAGGCUAUAAAAUGAUCUAUGUGAUCUAUGUUUCAUAAAUGGGAAAAAAAGAAUUGUCAAGACUAAAGAAAAACUCUUUUGCUGCUAAAAAAGAAGGAAACUUCCUGGUUUAUAGUAAAAAUUUAUGUAAUACUCUAGACAUUAGUGUUAUUUUCAUUUAGUGCCAUUAAUGCAUCACUGAUGAUCCUAAAUAUUCAUGAGUCCAUAAACAGUGAACUUUUGAGUAACUUUAUAUAUAUAUGUAUAUAUACACAUACAUACUCAAAAAGUCUUUAAAAAAUUAUGAAAUCACCUGAUUAGAUUAGAAAAAAAUUAAUGAAAUUUAAUUUCUAAUUCAAAACAUAUGAAUUUGGGGUGCUAGGUCUUAAUAAUAAAAUAUAUUUUUAAGUUA